AUGGAUGCUUGUAAUUUAUUAUUUGGCAGGCCAUGGCAAUUUGAUGUGGCAGCACAACAUGACGGGAGAGAAACUACCUAUAAGUUGGAGAAAGAUGGCGUCAAAUUCACCUUGCUAACAAUGAAAAAGAGUUCCAAAACCAAAGCUUCUAAAGUGGAGGGGUGGACCUUCUUUACUGUUACACAUUUGGGGUUAGAGUUAGAAGUUGCUUUCAAGGCAUCAAGGGUGAUGCAUGCACUGAUUAUGAAGCAAGUAUUGACUAUUGAAGGGGAGUUGAAGACAAAAGAGUACCCGAAAGCAAUCAAGCCAUUGUUAGAAGAAUUUAGUGAGGUGAUGCCAGAGGAGUUACUCGACGAGUUACCACCUAUGAGGGAUAUUCAGCACCAUAUUGAUCUAAUUCCUAGAGCUAGCUUGCCAAACUUACCUCACUAUAGGAUAAGUCCAAAGGAGAGCGAGAUUCUGAAAGAAAAGGUGGAGGAAUUAUUAGCGAAGGAGUGCAUUUAA